AUGGAGCAAAGUGCCACAACUUCUAAAACUUUACCUACGCCCGGCACACGAUUAUAUGAGAUGGUAGCGGGUACCAUUCUAUGGAAGGUGGAGCCAACUAGCAUCAUCAUCACGACGUCACCACCACCACCAACGGAACCUCGAAGAUUCGCGCAUUUCUUAUCCCGAACUACGUAUCAAUUCCAAGAUGUCUUUGGCAACCUGCUCCGACUUCUCCUGGGGUAA